AUGCCGUUGGACCCAAGUGAAUGUGCGUUUGCCACAAAAUGCACAGCGGUCUAUGAUCCUAAGCAUGUAGAUCAGUACGGUGCUUCGUCGACGCCUGUUUACCUCACGGCGACAUUCAAAGGUUUACCUGGCGCAGAGUACGAUUAUUCGCGUGUAAGCAAUCCAUCGCGCGAUGUGCUAGAGCACCAUCUCUCGCAAAUCCAAGGCUGCAAACAUACACAUGCAGUGAGCAGCGGUAUGGCCUGCCUUGAUAUCAUCAUGCGUAUGAUCCGCCCAGGCGAUAUUGUGCUGGCUGGUGAUGAUCUGUACGGUGGAUCGGACCGUCUGCUGGAGCUGUACAAGAAGCAGAUGGGUAUCCGCGUUGACAAUGUCGAUACGACUGACCUAUCGGCGGUCGAAGAAGUGCUUGCUCGACGAGCCAAGGAACAUGCGGAAGGCAAUGGCCCUCGUGUCGCGCUGGCGCUGCUGGAGUCGCCGACCAACCCCAUGAUCAAGAUUGCCGAUCUGCCUCGCUGCACAAGCUUGGUACGCCAAUAUGCGCCAGAGGCCCUGGUUGUUGUGGACAACACGAUGAUGUCGCCUUACCUCAUGCGUCCCUUGGACUUUGGCGUAGAUAUCGUGUAUGACUCGGCUACGAAGUAUCUGUGUGGUCACCAUGACGUCUUGGCUGGUAUUUUGGCAUGCAAUAGUGACGAUCUCUCUGCCAAGAUCCACUUUACCAUCAAGUCGGUGGGCAAUGGUUUGUCGCCGCUGGAUUGUUUCCUUCUGUUGCGAGGCGUCAAAACGCUGGCGCUGCGUAUGGAUAGGCAGCAAGCGUCAGCACAAGAGAUUGCGAACUAUCUCAACCGCCUAGGCUUCAAAGUUCGCUACCCAGGUCUGCGCUCGCAUCCAGGCCAUGAUGUGCAUGCACGUCAAGCGAAGGGCGCGGGCGGUGUGCUUAGUUUUGAGACCGGUAAUGUGCAGCUCUCUGAGAAAGUGGUGGCAGCCGCGCGAUUGUGGGGUGUGAGUGUGAGUUUCGGAUGUGUGAACAGUCUGAUCACGAUGCCGUGCCAAAUGUCCCACGCCAGUAUCGACCCGCGUGUUCGCGCUGAACGAGGUUUGCCGGAGAACCUGAUUCGUCUGUGCUUGGGCAUUGAGGACGUGAACGACCUGCUUCGGGAUCUGCAUCAAGCGCUGCUCACAGCCGGUGCCAUCCGCGAGGAGCCGGCUGGUAGCGGCACGUUUGUGCGUGUCCCAGUGGAUGACGAGAUGGAGGUGCUGCGUCGUCAGUUGGCGCCUGAGCUGGCGAAGCCACCGGCGGCGCCAACGACCCUGACCGUGAGUGCGCCUGGCAAGGUCAUUCUGUUUGGCGAGCAUGCUGUGGUGCAUGGUGUGACGGCCAUUGCGGCUGCGACGGCGUUGCGCUGCUACGGCCACGUGAAGCCGUCGAAGACGACACAAGUGACGCUGAGUCUGCCCGAUAUUGACCUGGUGCACCAUUGGGACAUUUUGGCGCUGCCAUGGCUCCUCUGCUCCAACAGCACAGAAGCGAAGGAGCUGGAUAUGCAGCUUCUAAGCGCUCUUAGUGCGAUUGUCUCGGUGGCGUACCCGGAAGGCGACCGUCGGCACAACGCCUCCAUGGCCUUUUUGUACCUGUACAUGCACCUGGCGCAGGAAUCGAGUCAUGGCCAGAUUUUCGAGCUACGAUCCAAGCUACCGAUCAGUGCUGGGCUCGGCAGCAGUGCCGCGGUGUCUACAUGCCUUGCCACGCUGAUGCUCUACACGCACGGCCACCUGCCGCUGCCGUCGCCCACAGAGCCGAUGCCGAAAGAGCAUACGGCACGUAUUAAUGCGUGGGCAUUUAUGGCGGAGAAGGUGAUUCAUGGCGAGCCUUCGGGUGUGGACAACACGGUGGCGACGCUCGGCGGCGCUGUGGCCUUCACACGUGCUGUACCUAGCAAUGGCCUCUCGGAAAAUCGCUUGGUACCGAUCAGUUUCGAUGCUGUGCGUUUGCUGAUUACCGAUACCAAGGUUGUGCGGAAUACCAAGGAACUGGUGGCGAGUGUUACCCAGCAGAAAGCGGAGGACCCUGUGCGUGUGGAAGCGGCCUUUGCGACGAUUCAGAUGCUGGCCGACCAAGCGCAGGCGCUUCUGUCGAGUACGAUGCCGCGCAAGGAGCUGGUCGAGCGCUUGGGCAUGCUGAUGGACCUCAACCAUCUCCAGCUUGUGCAGUUGCGUGUAGGCCAUGCGGCGUUGGAAGAUGUGCGGAAGGCGACCUGGGCGCAGGGCCUGCGCUCCAAGCUCACGGGCGCUGGCGGCGGUGGCUGCGCGAUUACGCUCCUGCACGACCAGCUUUCUGAGAAAGACGUUCACUCGCUGACAGAUACGCUACAUGCCCGAGGAUUUGCUACCUACGAAACAGAGGUGGGUGGCAACGGCGUGGGCCUCUUGGUACACCCCUCCGACACCGCGCCCGAUCUGGAGGCGCUCCAGACUACGGACAGUCAUGCAUGGGACCAGGCUUCAGGCACGUGGAUUUAUGCGUAA